AUGGCUGGUGAGAAUGUGCUGAGUGCACUGAAUGAGUUUAUAAAGGAGGCGGUACUCGCAGCAGUGAGAGAGGAGCUGGCUGCAUACAAGGAGGAGGUGAAUAAAUUGGGGCACAUGCUGACUGUUGUGGAGGAGAGGAAUGGGUCGAUUGCUGCUGUGAUGGAGGAGAGGGAGAGGGAGCUGGCAGCAAUGAAGCAGGAGUUGGCUGAACACAAGCAGUCAAUAAAAUUGCAGUUUGAGGAGGCUGAGAAGAGACGAGUGGCGGAGAUGAGGGAGAUGAGAGGGCAGGUGGAGGAGAGGGAGGAGCUGGUUGCAGUGAGGAGGGAGGUUGCUGCAGUGAAGGAGGAGCACAAGAUUGCUGAAAGAGGAAGAGAAUCAGAUUUGAGAGAGCUGAAAGGAGAGGCUGGGAAUGGAGAGGAUGAAUUUAGAACGGAGUUAGCAAGCGAGAGGGAUGAGAGGAGGGAUGUGCAAGAGGUUGAGAGACGAGAAGCGGAUUUGAUUGGGGUGAGAGGGAUGGUGGAGCAGAUGGAGCGAGAGCUGGCUGCAGUGAAGGGGAAGCUGGCAGCAAAGAAGGAUGCUGGCAUGAAGGUGGAUGUUGACCUGCAAAUUAGCCAGACUGGAGGCGAUGAAAGGACAGCAUGGCAGCGUGGCAGCAGCAUGGCCCCUCACGGCAGCAUGGCCCCUCACGACAGCACACUGCUGGGCGGCGUGGCGGAGCCGCCAACUGCAGCAGCAGCAGCAGCAGGAGUGGUGGCGAUGGAGUUGGCCAGCGGGGUGUGGAGGGAGGCAGGCAAAAGGGAGGUGUGA